AUGGGCCUAACAGUAAGCAGGCUGGAUUUACAGGACCACAACUUCCUCUUCAUAUGUUUAAGAAUUCAACGUUUAAAUGGAAAUGGACCCCUAAAAGAGGAUACAAAUCCUGUUGGUAUCACCAUAAAAAGGCCAUCUUCAGCUCCACCAACAGCUUGCAUUCAAAACUGGGCAAUUACCAGGCCUUCAACUACGGAUCCAUCAAAAGCCCAGAAGAUCACUAUCAGUAUUCAUAACAAAUUGCCUGAGUGUCAGACUGUGUCACAACCUGACUGUCUUACCAGUGCUCUGGAGAAUGAGGAUCUCAGCAAGGCUGUUCCUUCCUCCACAAUUACAAAUUCUCUCAGAGCAGAGUCUACCUCAAAUGCAUCUACAGUGGCGUUGGCUAACAUUUCCAAACAGGAAGUUCCUGAUGAAAUGUUUGUAGAGCCAGCAGUGAAUGGAAGUCCUACACUCGGGUCUGAUGCUACAGUCGCUUCCGGUCCAGAGUCUUCAGGAAAAUCUGAGGCGUCGAAUGGCGUGUUUAAAAUGAAUUGCAACAUAUCUUCCAACGGAAUUGUAAUAGGGAAGGUAGUCGGCACGUUGCAGAAUUCCCAUGCUUUCUGUGAGAGUGCUGAAGAAGAGAGAUCCCAUCAUGUGCUGCCAAAAAAUGAUUCACUAAAUGGUGCUAUUAGUUUAGAUAAUGGAUCUAAACAAAACGGACUGAAACUUGAUGAUUUUACUUGCCAAGUCCAACCUGCUAAACCUUCUGAGAUAUUCUUUGCUAAAACAAAUGGAUUGCUUGAACCAAUACCUGUAGCUGAGUCACCGAUUCCUCAAGAAAUAGUCUUAGAAUCCCUGGCCUACAGCCACCUGAACAGGUUGUCAGAGAAAACAAGUGUCCCUGCACCUCAGAAGUCUGAGGGUGAUCAUCUUACGGAAACCGUAGUGACGGAAACAGUGUUUGUCUAUGAACAAUCCAGGAUGCCUCUUUCCGACCUUGGCUGUGAGAUUGAGAGUCCUUUUACUGUAUCAGACUCUGAAACCACUGAAACCAUUGCUACCGAAGACGUUGCUGAAAGUGUGAUAACAAAUGCUGAUAACGUACAUCCCAGUAUCAACGGUCAGCAGAAGGUCAGGAAAAUAUCCCUGGAUACUGAAGAUGAAUACCUUGGGCAUUGUGAGUCUGAAGAAAGUAGAGACAAAGACAAACCAGGAAGGCCAAAAGAACCUGUACUCAUUGCAAAAGGAGAUCCUUCGUAUAUGAAAGGGUCUCCCGAGAGUGAAGAGAAAUUAUGGCAAACUUCCUCUGUGAAGUCUGACAUUGAAUGUAGUCCUAAAAAACUUGCAUGUCUAGGUGUUACAGAUAAAUGCCAAGAUACAAAGGACAUUUCUAAUAACGAUGUAGAGGUACCACCUGUUAAUGACUCUUCUAUUACAAAGCUGGAUAAAGUUCUGGAGAGUCAAUUCUCUAGACAAAAUGAGGGGCUGAAUAAUAAAAAAUGCGAAGAGGAUAACAGGCAAAAAUACGAGGAGAAGGUACAGGACUCCAAAAAAACUGACAAAGGGCACUACCGAAAGAAGAGACAAUACUCUGACAGUAAAGACCAGAAGCAAAGCAGGAGCAAAGCGGAUGAUCGUUCCUACAAAAGGAGGCGCUCUUGCAGCAUGGAAACAAAUAAGCAAUAUCAUCAUAAGCAGGAUUAUUGCAACGAAGGCAAGUACAGACCUUGCCAUCAUGAAAGAAACAGUGCAAAUAAUGGCAAAAGCUCAGGAAAAUACUCUCGUUAUAAAUCCCGAAGCAGAGAAAGAACGGAACAAGACAGGAAUGGGUAUUACCAUUCCAAAGGAGAGAGGACUUGGAACAGGGAAAGAUACUACCAAGAUGAAUUACGGAGAUGGGAAGAAUGCAGAUAUUACAAGGAUUAUUACUCUGUUCAUGGAACAGGAGAUGGUAGAGAGAGGAAGUCCUCUCAUUUUGAUAAAGCCUUUGACAAAUUGAGUCGAUUCUACAAAUCACAUGGGGAUUAUCACUGCAAGAGCAGAUGGGCUCACAACACUCACUCCAGAGAGGAAGGAGCCCAUCACUUGAGUAGCCACAGAGGGAACUUCCGUCACUGUUCAGUACCUCUGCAGCAGUCGGAAAAACACUCUCGGGAAGGGCACGCACCUCCACCUGCCUCAGCUCAUGCACAAUUUGACAUCUCUUUCUGGGAAAAUGAGAAACUGAGGCUUGGCAAGAGGAAAUAUGGCGACGCAGAAGGAAGCGAAGCUGAAGUGGAAAAGAAACGCCACAAGAUAGAUGACCAAAGAAUGAAAAAAGAUAAGGAGGUCAAGAAGAAAAUGAAGUCCAAAGAAAAAUAUCAAGAGAAGGAUUACAAGUAAGCAGGAAUUCCAGCAUAAUCCGCCAUUCUUUUCCUAACUCUUUUCUGAAUGUUUCCCAUGCCUGCCU